AUGGCGGAGACAGGAGCUGCCCAGAGCGACGAACCGCAGCAGGCUGCUCCGCAGCCGGUUGGCACGCUUGCCUACCGGAGUCAGGUGGACAUAGACAUCGCGGAAGCUCUAGACGACCCAGAAACAAGGCGAAACACAGAGCUCAACUCUCUCAUAUACCAGCUAUCGCAGGACCAGGUCAACGAGCUCGACGCGCUCUCUUUGCGGACACAGACACCGGAGCGCGUGCUGCGGUCGCCGUCGCUGUCCCGACAAAACUCCGUCGACAGCUCGCUGCCCACGACGAAUUUGUCUAUCGACGAGAUCUCCGAUCUGCAGCCAAAAAGACCACCGUUGAAAGACACCGAAUCGUUCCAUCGCGGGAUCGCAUUCGAAAACAUGGGCAACAGCCAGCUCGACUACGAGAAAAUGCAGUUCAUUCUCACCGCGAAGCACAGGGACUUCCAUUUCGACAGAGUUUCGCGGACGUUUAUGUGUGGCUACGACGACAACGAGUGCUCGCUGCUUGCCUUGAAAUGGACGAUCGACGAAAUGGUGAAGGACGGCGACACGCUCGUGUGCCUGCGGGUGCUCUCGAAAGAAGACGCGGCGCGAGAUUACCAGCGAGACUACAAAAAGGAAGCAGAAAAGAUUUUGGAAGAGAUCGCGAGACUCAACUCCAAAGAUAAGAAAAUAAAAAUCGUGCUCGAGCUUAAGGUCGGGAAAGUGCCCGAGAUGAUCACAAAGGCCAUCACGGAGUACGACCCGGUGAUCCUGAUAGUGGGCACGCACGGAACUCAGAAAACAGGGUUCCACGCAAUCAUCGGCUCGAAGUCGAUGUCCAAAUACUGCUUGCAGUACGCCAAAGUCCCUGUCGUGGUGGUCGGCCCGUUGUACCACACGCAGAAACCGAAGCUGGACAUGAGCUCAGAAACUGUGUAUGCUGACGCGCUCCGCAACUUCCAGCACGGCCUCAAGCUCGCGGAAACAGAGACCCGCAAGCCGCGAUUCCAACGAGCCCUCAGGUCUGACUCCGUGCUGUCGCCCAUGCGAUCAAAGUCGAGCUUCUCGCCCGCACGGUCCGCGAGCCCCACCUUCUCCCCUUCCAGAGCGCUGAGCCCAUUUCGGCUAUUCCGAAAAAAUAGAGAAUAA